CCGUUCAUAAAACCGGCCAACGCAGACUCAGCUCAGGUUUUUGGAGCAGGUUGGAAUUAAUUAAAGAAGUAAAACCGGUUGAAAAUAUCCAAGAUGGGACAUUAUGUCUCCCAUUAUUUUACACACCCGGAUACUGCACCGAAACUAGAAGCUGACCCAACAUUUGAUCCUCUGUAUGGUUUCCCAAAUGGUCGAGAAGAAAGAGUGAUGAUUGCAACAGAAGAGGAAAUGGACAAUGCCAAUUUGAGCUGGAAAGACCGAGACUAUUGCGCUCACACUCUGAUUGCGUACAAGAAAUGUCGCCGUGAUGAUUUCCCACUGGGUUUAAAUUGUGGCCAUGCUAAACAUGCAUAUGACCAGUGCGAGUUUGAAGACUACGUGCUACGAAUGAAGGAAUUUGAGAGAGAAAAGCGUCUUUUAGAACGAGCAAAAAGGAUUAAAUUAAAAGCUGAGAAGGAAGCACUGUAAACUUGAGAAUUGAUUGAUAGCAAAAGAAACUGAAUUAAUACAGACGUUGACUAAAGGCAAUUGUAUGCAGUUUGUCAUUGUUAAAAAAUGGGAGCAGAGCCAAAAGAAUUAAGCACUAAGUAAUACUAGGGAGCUUUCGAUUGUACAACGAUGGUAAGACCCAGAACUUAAUGGCGUCACUAAGAAUUCAUCUGCGCAUACGAGAACACGGGAGUUCUUCUGACCCAAAUCUACAUUGUGCAGAAUGGUCACGGAUGAAUAAUUCUAGAAUUCACAUCGUCAUGCAAAUCGAAAGCUUCUAAAUCACGAGAAAAUGAAGGCAUUUCUAAACAACAUGAAACAAACCAGAAAACUCGUUCAGCAAUAAAAUCUCAUUUUGAUCGGAAAUUUAACUGCUUUCAAUGCUGUUCAAUAAAGUAUGAAGUAGAGAGAGGAAAAACCAAGACUGGAAAAACUAAUUCUAUCCUGGCAAACAACUAGAAUGGGGAUAAUUUGUGUUAAAUACUUGAGUAUUGCCGUGAUUCAUCUAAAUAUUAUAAUAAUAUUGCAGGGAGUUGCAUUGCGUGUUAACUGCAUUAAAAUAUAAAUUUAUCAGA